AUGCCUUCAAACGCCGACAUUGCGCGCGACCGCUUCAGCCAAGAAGCGCAGGACUGGGAUUCGAAUGUGAAGCAUGUGGAGAGUACGGAGAAGGCUUUAGCUGCGAUACGCGAGUAUGUGCCUGCGUUUAGGGAGGGGAGGGGUCGAGACCUCCGCAUCCUAGAAAUCGGCUGCGGCACGGGACUGCUCUCCUUCAUGCUCGCCCCGCACAUCCACAGCCUGCUAGGCGUCGACACCGCCCCGGGCAUGAUCAGCGCCUUCGCCACCAAACUCGCGCGGCUCGCAGAAACGACAGCACGCCCGAACCUGCUGGCGCUGGAGCACUAUCUGAUCAAUUCUUUCAGCCCCGAGCUGCGAGACGCUGCGGCGCGGCUGGCAGCGCAGUGUGGAGAGGAGAUGCGCAGCGAUGUGGCAGAUCAAGAACGGCAGUCACCGGUGCAGUUUGACCUCGUGGUGUCGCAUUUGACGCUGCAUCAUAUUCCGUCGCUGGAGGAGCUGUUUGGGACGCUGUAUACGUGCUUGAAUGUGGGUGGGUGGGUGGCGUUGACGGAUUAUGAGGAUUUUGGGCCCGAGGCCGUGCCGUUUCAUCCGGUUGCGAAGAGGGCAGGGGUCGAGCGGCAUGGGAUUCGGAGGAAGGAGAUAGAGGAGUUGUUGGUCGGGGCGGGGUUCGAGGAGGUUAAGGUGGAGGAGGCGUUUGUGUUGAGGAAGGAGGUUGAAGCGGAGGGGGGCAGGCCAGCUAGGGAGAUGGAGUUCCCGUUCUUGGUGUGUUUGGGGAGAAAGGGGUGA